AUCGAAUUACAUUUAGUACAUCAUCGACGAAAUAAUUCCAAUCGCUCUAUAGUAUUCUAGGGUAUAAACAUAUAAAGUUUUUAAGUGGGGCUUAGAAAGGAAGCUCUGUCCUAUUUCUGCAAAGCGUAUUUUGGUCUUCCUACAAUAUUAGCUUCGGUCGUAAUUUCGGUCGUAAUGAUGUGAUUAGUUAUAAUAAAACAUAUUUCAUUUAUAUAAUACAUUUAUAUAUGUAUAUUCAACGGUAGAUAGCGACUUGGCUUUUCCCCUGGUACUGCUGACUUCCAUGAGCAACGUUAAUCACUCACCAUCGGGUAGUCAAACGAGUACCAGGCCCGUAUUCUCUCUCGUCUUUACACAUUUUCUCUUUCUAGCAUGAAAUUUACUGUUAUGAUUUCAGAAAAAUAUUAAUUGAGUAAUCGGUUAUAUUUCUAAAAUCAAAUAUCGGCCAACCCGCGAAUUGUGUAAUUAUACGGUAGUUAUUUUUCCUAAAAGAUAAAUACGUAAUUAAUUUCAUAAUAAAUUUUUAACCUGUUUUAAAUCUGAAAUUUCCUAAUGAAUCUCAAAGUGGAAAACGAAUAAAGAUUUAAUUUUAGAUUACAAUGCAAGAACUAAGUGAAUUUAAAUUGGUUUAAAUUACUUUAGAAGCAAUAAACCUAGUAAUAUGUAGUAAAGUGACGUCACUAUGGCGGGACCUACUCGACAUCUGUCUACUUACCAUCGUGAGUCAGAGCCAACAGCUUCUUCACUGAUAACGGAAAUCAACGUGCAACUGGCUUUAUUUCGUGAUCUGCUGAUACACUUCGGCCAGCCUCACGACUGCCCUGAGCUGCGGGAACGCGUGCGGCGCCUUCGACGAGCUUGCGUCGAAGCAACCAAACAAACAAGUCAACUUGUUCUGCCUAAUUGUAAAAAGUCCACGACCAAUGACAUUUGCACGGAGCAGCCACAGUUGGUGCUGCUGUACUUCAUGUCACAACUACUACUGCGAGAGCUCGCCAAAUGCCACAGAUUAGUCCAACUAGUUCCAAUGGAUAUGACUUCAUAUUACGAAAAUCGCGCCGGUCCGUCCAACUUUGGCAACGUCAUCAGUCAAAUCUUGCUGUGCAAGCAGAUUACGCCAGAUUUUAACCAAGAAGAGCUCUGCAGUAUUGCAAAGGACACACAAGAAAUAACGAGGAUAGUAAAUGACAUUCAAGAGUAUCUUCCGCAACAUGAAAACCUCAAUCAUUUAGAAACUACUGUUGCUCUAAAAGGUGACGACGUCAACGGACUGUGGAGGAAUAAGCGAAGAGGAUCCUUGUACAAAGGCAUGGGGGUACUUUGUUGUGUAUCGCGACCUAACUAUCUCUGAGGGUGACCGGAAUCGCCUGCGAGGCGGCUCAACUGCGACCAAAGCCAAACGUCAGACACAAACAUAACACGUGCCCAGUGAAAACACGUCAAGGCUCGAAGUGUUCAGUAAAUUAACUGUCAAAAACCUGUGAAGCGUUGUUGUGGAUGUACGUACGUACGUAAAUGGUACAGAAUAAGUGAAAGGGUCCAUUAAACGGUUAAAUGUAACUAGCGAAUUGAACGACACUGAUGGUCGACUCGUAUAAGUAUUGUAUUUACCGUAAAUGAUAUCUUGUAAUGAUAAUUAGACACAAAUAUUAUUUAAUAUUUUCAUUGAAAUAUAUAUUAACGAUCGAUAGGUAAAUCUGUAAAAAAAAACAAUCAUCAUGCCUGGAAUGGGAUCAAUUGCAUUUAAGUAGAUUUGUAAAAUCAUUAUUAUCGUAAUUGGCUAUUGUAGUUAGAAUAUAUUUACAAAAAAAAAGGCCAGACUAUCACAUUUACUGGCUUCUAUGUAUAGAAAUUCAACUUGAGAAAUUCAUAUAAAUAGAUAUGCUUUGUAGUAAGUAUUUUAGGUUAUCGCGAUGACAAAUUUGUGAGAGAUUUUUUUUAAAAUAGGCAAUGUUUUUUUAUUCAUUAAUAAAAUUGAAGUCAUAUAAUGUAGCUCAAAAAUAUAAAUUAAAAGAUUUAUAUCGUUUAAGAUAUUAAAUUCGCAAUUUUAAAUUAUUUUUUAUAGAAAAUGAACUUUUACUUUUGGCGCGAUAUUACCUUAUGUAUAUAUCAGCUCAGGUUUUAUUUCAUUUUAAGUAAUUUAUUGUAUGAUUCCAUGGCCUAAUAAAAGUCACGCGUAAGCACAGAAAAAAAUGUAGUCAAUUAUUAGCGCGACAAUCUUGUAACUAAGGACAAAUAUGAUCAACUUAGCUUUAAAAUCUUUAAAAGAUAUUCUAUUGUUACUCACUAAGAAUUUAUCAUGUCUUUUGCUGUUUCUUAAUAAAAAAUUCUUAACAAUUGUUUAUGAUCUCGAAAUUAAUUUAGCUCUU